UUGGGAUCUGAAGCACGAAACUGUUUGAAGUCUUCUGCAAUCAUCUUCAACACAUAUGAUGAAUUUGAACAUGAAGUGUUAGAUGUAAUAUCGACCAUGUUCCCUAAGAUCUACACCAUUGGCCCCCUUAAGUUGCUUGAGAGGCAUUUGCCUGAAACCGAAACCAAAUUGGUCGAGUCUCUUAGCUCAAACUUAUGGAAAGAAGACACAGAAUGUUUGAAAUGGCUUGAUCAGAAGAAACCUAGUUCAGUUGUGUAUGUAAAUUAUGGGAGCAUAACUACAAUGACAGAUCAGCAUCUGAAAGAAUUCGCAUGGGGGCUUGCAAAUAGCAAGCACCCAUUUUUGUGGAUUGUUAGGCCUGAUGUGGUAGAGGGAGACUCAGCUGUUUUACCUGAUGAAUUUUUUGAGGAGAUUAAGGAUAGGGGUUAUAUAGCAAGCUGGUGUCUACAGGACCAAGUGCUAGCUCAUCCAUCUGUUGGAGCUUUUUUAACACACUGUGGCUGGAACUCCACUAUUGAAAGUGUAUCCGAAGGCGUGCCUGUAAUUUGCUGGCCUUUCUUUGCUGAGCAACAAACGAAUUGUCGAUACGCAUGCACUGACUGGGAGAUUGGAAUGGAGGUGACCCCCGAUGUGAAGCGUGACGAAAUUGAAGCACUUGUUAAGGAAAUGCUGGAAGGGGAAAAGGGGAUGAAGAUGAAGCAAAAGGCAAAAGAAUGGAAGAAAAAAGCUGUAGAAGCUACUGAUAUUGGAGGAUCAUCGUACAAUAAUUUUGAUAGAUUGAUUAAGUCUCUCCAUUAAGGUGGAUGACUGCUACAAUAAUGAGGAACAAAUGUGAUUCCUUGUCAAGAACUCCCAAAUAUAUAUAUAUGCUUUUAUUUGCAAGGGGGUUUUAUCUUAUUUUCAUGUUCAAGUGCUGUAAUAAUAAUGUUUAUGUUUUAUUUGGACCUCAGUUGUUUCUCUAGUUGUUUGUAGCCCAACUCUGUUACAGUUCCAAUCAGACUUGGCUAAGCUUAUGAAUAAAAUUAAUAUUUCCGUUCUGCCU